AUGCGUCUGUCUUCAGGUCUUCUCGCGGCUAUUGCCUCGGGUGCUUACGCCCAGAACUUCCCUCGCUUCGCCAACAGCAGCACGGCUGCUCUUGAGUCCAGCACUACCCUCCCCUCCAGCAUUGACACCACCACUGGUGCCGCCCCCAGCUCCACCACCUCCCCUGCCGCCUCUCAGUCCGUCGAUCUCGGCUCCGCCCAGCUUGGCCAGGGUUGCAGCUUCGUCACUGGUGCCGAUGGCAAGACUGCUGUUCGCAUGGCUGCUGUAGCCAACGGCGUUGCUGAGUUCAGCACUUCUCCUGAGAUCACUGAGCUCGAUACUGGCAGCCAGAUCCAGAUCCGCUUCGAGAUCAGCGUCAGUGCUGUGGCCGAGGCCCGCAAGCGUGCUUUCGAGGGCUGCACUCUCGAUGUCAAGCUCGACGGCGAGACCAUCUACUCCGAGCCCCUCGCCGACACCAACGGCGCCGCUGUUGGGCAGGCCAGCAACCCUACUACUCUCAACUCCGACAAGCCCGAUAUCCAGUUCCUCCAGUCCUGCGGUUCUGAGCCCGUCCAGCUCGAUGUUUCCAACCUCGCUGUCGCUUCUGCUACUGAUGGUGGCUCUACUGGUCUUCCCACUGGUGCUGCUACUGAGACCGGUACGGAGACUGGCACUGAGGUCGCUACUGGCACCAACUCCGAGGGCGCUACCACCAACUCUGAGGGUGAGACUGUGAUCCCCACUGGCACUGAGACUGCUAUCGCUACCGGUACAAACUCUGAGGGUGCUACCACCAACUCUGAGGGUGAGACCGUCAUCCCCACUGGCACUGAGACUGCCAUUGAGACCAACAGCGCUGGCUUCACCACCAACUCUGAGGGUGAAACCGUCUUCCCUACCGGUACCCAGACUGGCUCUGCUAUUGCUACUGGCACCAACUCUGAGGGUGCUACUACCAACUCUGAGGGCGAGACUGUUGUUCCUACUGGUACUGCCACUGGCACCGAGGCUUCUGCUUCUGCCUCUGCUACUUCCCCCGCUGGCUUCCCCGGUUCCGUCGGUGUCUUCACCCUGUUCGGCUGUGUCGGUUCUUCCGCCGGUUUCCCCACCUUCGAGCUUGCUGAGACCAACGCUCAGAUGGAUCUUGAGCUCUGUGCUUCUUCCUGCACUGGCCGUGCCUACUUCGGUGUUUACGAUACUGCUUGCUACUGCGGUGACGAGAUUGAUGCCGAUAACACCAGCCGUGUUGAUGUCGACCAGUGUGAUAUUGAGUGCCCUGGCGACAAGGACAACUUCUGUGGUGGUGAUGGCCGCCUCAACCGUCUCAAGGCCCGUCAAGCUGUUCCCGCUGGCCGUCUCCUGACCGUCUACGUCUCUGCCGCCGGUGCUGGUGCCACUGUCACUGACUCUGUUACUGAGACCGUCACCGACCAGACCACUGUCACCACCACCUUCACCACUGCCAUCACUAACGCUGAGACCACUACCACUGCUACCGUCACCGCCGUCCAGAUCUGUGUCAACGGAAAGUGCUACACUGAGGGCUCUGACCGCACCGUCUUCAUCUUCAUCGAGGUCAAUGGCAGCGACUGUGACAACGAGUGGGUCUACAUCACUGAGGAGUGCUCUUGCCAGGGCGGUAAACAAUACGUCCCCAAGUUCUGCUCCGGUGGAAGCUGUGCCGGUGAGAUCGUUUACAAGACCCAGGAGUGCCACGACUGGUGGAACCACGAGACCUUCUUCGUCGCUGCUGACUGCGGUUGCAAGGAGGAGACGGUUAUUUACAAGCCUUGGGAGAACAGCUGGGGUACCCCUGAUAACUGCAAGGCUGAGUUGGUCCCUGUCUGCUCUGGCCCCAAGUGCCCUGUUGUCAAGGUUCCUACCCACGGUGGCUACACUCACCCCGUUACCAACGGCACCUGGACCAACGGUACCGCUCACUGCUCUGGCCCCCACUGCCCCAGCGGCCCUGUCCCUCCCUGCUCUGGCCCUCACUGCCCCAGCACCGGUCCUCAGUGCUCUGGUCCCAGCUGCCCCAGCACCAAGGUCGUCACACUUGUUCCUCAGUGCAGCGGACCUAGCUGCCCCGCCAAGCCUACUGGUUCUGAGGAGACCGGCUCUCACUGCAACGGUGCUGACUGCCACGUUGCCACUGCUACUGGCAGCGGCUCCAAGCCCACUGGCACUGUCCCAGCCAUCGUCAACGGUGCCGGCAAGCAGGUCGUUGGAGCUGCUACCCUCUUCGCUGCUCUCUUUGCAGCCCUUCUCUAG